AAGAAAGAACGAAAAACACGGAAAACAUUACAAUUCCUGGAAAGAAUUGGUCUGUACGUUCGCUUAAUUCGUUUCGUGUCCGGUUUAUAGCCAAGUUGCUACAGGUUUUAGCCCGCUGAGGAGAAUAUUAUCGCGCACGACAUCUUUGUGAGCAGACGCUAAACAAAACAAAACUCGUCACAAUGUCGAUAAUGGAACGUUUUCGGCAGUCCUACUGGUUCGAAAGUCUCCCACGGAGAACGAUCCUUGCGACGGUGGUAGCAUCCCUGCUUUUCUUCUCCGGAUGGUGGAUCAUCAUCGAUACCGCUUCUGUGUAUCCAAAAUCGUUCAACUUUUCUUACUACAUCUGCGGUAUUCUAGCAACAAUAGGCUUCAUCAUGGUGAAUGCUAUAUCCAACGACAUGCUACAUGCCGAAGCGGCUUACACUGGUGGCGUACUGAAUGGUAGUGGCAUUAAAGUGUUUCUUUUUGCUGGAUUUGUGCUUGGCUUUACCUCGAUCAUUGCUGCCAUCUGGAUCAUGAUUGCCGAGUUCGCGGUCAACGAAUCACGGACCGACAAGUAUCCGGGAUAUGCACUGCUAAUGCACAAUAUUUUCAUUUUCCUGUCCACCCUAAUUUUCAAGUUUGGUCCACCACCGGAGAACGAAUAUCUGAACGGCUACUAGAACGGCUGAAUGAUCUGACCGCUCGUAGUGCGGUAUUCGUAAUUCAUCAUCCCAUCAACGACUGGGUAAACCGUACUUUAAUUAAUGCUCCUUAAUCCUCCGCAUUGGUCGGCAUAAUUUUAAGGUGAUUUUCGACCGAGUUUUCGAAUUCCAACUAUUUCGGCCGCAUACUUUCUGUUUCUCAAUUGUGACACGUUAAGACAAGAACCGAUGAUUUGAUUACGUUUUAAACCCUUUUCUUGAUAAGCAUGGCCUCGAAUGUCUUAUCUGAAGAAAGCAAUCGUUCGAAUGCGGCUGCUGGUAUGAAUGAUCCCGACUGCAUUAGAGCUGCAAGGGAAGAUUGCACCACAAAAACAAAAUUAAUGUGCAGCUCUUUUAUGUAAAAACUAUAACCCUGUCCAACAAACUAACCUACCCGAACAAAUAAGUGUAAACAAUAAACGUGUAUCAUUUAUUUAUAUAUAUACUCAAAU